AUGAGCGACUCUAAGAGCGAUAGCGAGUGGAGGGCUAUCCUGUCCCCGGAACAGUUCCGCGUCUUGCGACAGAAGGGGACUGAAUCUGCAGGAACUGGCAAGUACGAGCACCAUAAGGGCGAGGGUAUCUACACAUGCGCCGGAUGCGGCACUCCGCUGUACAAGAGCACCACCAAGUUCGACAGCGGAUGCGGAUGGCCGGCAUUCUUCGACGCUAUCCCAGGAGCGGUGAAGCGUCAAGACGAUCGCUCGAGUGGGAUGACCCGUACGGAGAUUACUUGCGCGGCGUGCGGAGGACACCUGGGCCACGUCUUCAAAGGAGAAGGUUUCAACGUUCCUACGGAUGAGCGUCACUGCGUGAACUCUGUCUCACUCAACUUCAACGAUAAGGACAAGGCUUGA